CUACGCUCUGUUGGUUCAAAUUGUGGUUUGACUCACAAGGAAGGACCAUUCACAUGGCCAUGCACGAUGGCCAUGUGAGCGUCCGGUUACUUCACGUACCCUCAGCCUGACUCCAUUGUUUUUGCCCUGUGCUUCAUAGUAUUAUUCGGGACUCAAGCUUUCCUCCCGAGUCAAGACCAAGCCGUGCCGAGAGUCCCCCCCAAAACCCUUCUUGGUGCUUGCACUGUAUUAUGCACGUAAAACAGUUCGCAGCUGCACUUUGCACAUGCACUGGAAAAGUCUGUCGGCAGAAUCCGAGCCUUGCCGUGUUCGCGCGCUUUGCUGCCAUGCCCAGACUUCAACAUUGCUGCAGCUAUCCCUUCGAUCGAAAUAUAUGCGCUAUUUGUCUCGCGGCCGAUUGCCGUCGCUGCACGCGGCCGUGACAGGGGUUACAUGAAGCGACUUGACGUGCUCGGAAGGGUCGAGCAACAGCAGCAGCAGCACCAACAGGCGGUCGUAGCAGACAGGCUUGCGGCCGCCGACCGCGCUCCGGCGCGUAACGCUUCGUCUCCGGAAGGGCUGCAGCAGCACCGGGUGCCCUCGCCAGCAGCAGCCCAGGCUGCUACAGCCAAGCCUGUGGCGAUGGAAACAGCGGCAGGAGGUGCUGCUACUGCCGCCAAGUUUGGCGAGCCCGAGCUGCUGCAGUGGCGGCCGCUGGAUCUGACUCACUGCCUGGCGCCCACCGCGCCCGCCUGGCUGCUGCGGCUGGUGGCGGCGCAGAGGGCGCGGGCGGUGGUGGUGUGCCGCCCCAGCAACGACGCCUCGCUGGGUCUGCAGGGCUGGCGCUGUGGGCUGCUGCGGCGCUGGGACCUGGUGUUUCCGGUGUUGACGGUGUUUGACCGGCCGGGUCAGGCCGUGCCGGGGGAGAGAUUCCACGAGUGGCCGCUGUUCGACAUUUUCAAGGUGGACCUGCGGCCCCUGCGCUGCUGGUCCGACUACGUGACACGACUCAAGAAGGCCGACCGCUACAACGUGCGCAACCGAGCCAAGAUCUACGCCGCCUGCGAGGCGAACGGCCAGCUGCACGCCGAGCUCAUUCGCCUGGGCCCACAGCAGGCCCAGGGGGAGCAGCCGCCGCCGCAGGGGCUGCAACAGCAACAGCACCAGCACCAGCCGCAGCCCGCGACGCCGGGGCACCUCGGUUGUGGCUUUGGCAGCGGCGGCGGCUGUGGCAGCAGCCACAGCGGUAGCAGCAGCAGCCACAGCGGCGGCGUCAGUCGUGCCAGCAGCUUCGACAACGCUCCUCCUGCUCCUGCCGCCACCGCCGCCGCCACCAGUGAGGGCACUGUGAUGGGCAGCCCUGCCGCCGCGCGCCCGCACUCCGGCACGCACCCAUCGGGCCGCCCCCUCAAGCACGGCAAGCGCCGCCGCCCCGGGUCUGCAGCGGCGGCGGCCGCUGGCGGCGGCAGCGCCACCGCUGGUGCCGACGAGCCGCAGCUGCCGCCGCACGUGUGGGUCGGCGCCCCCGGCUCCUCGGCCGCCCGGUCCCUGGUGUGUGAGCUGUGGCGGCUGUACGAGUCCACGGGGCGGCGCAACGGCUUCACGGAGGUGACCCGGGAGCAGUUCACACAGCUGCUGGAACAGGCGCCGGGAGUGCAGGUGCUGGUCAUUCGGGAGGGCCCCAGGCCCGGCCAGCCGGCCGCCGCCGCCACAACCGCCGCCGCCACAACCGCCGCCCCCGCCGCCUCCACUACAGCCGCUGCUACAGCCGGCGCUACAGCCGCCUCCGGCCCGCUCAUCCUGGGCUUUGGCGUGCUACUGCCGCAGCGCGAGAGCCUGCAGGUGGUGUACAUGGGGCUGCGGUACGAACACCCGCUGGUGCGGCAGAGCAACGCCUACUUCCAGAUCCUAUCCACGGCGCUGCUGCUGGCGAUCAAGCACAACCAGAGCCUGGACCGGCCGCUGCUGCCAAGCCCACAGACGACCCAGCUGGCGGCACAGCCGCUGCUGCCGGCUCGAUCGACCCCCGUCGCGGCGCCCGCCGCCAUCGCGGCGGCGGCGGCGGCUUCGGCGCUUCCAGCGUCACCGGUGGCACCGUCGCUGCGGCGCCAGCGCAAGAAGGCGGCAGCAGCUGCGGCAGCAGCGGCGGCGGCGGCUAGUGCUGCGGCCGCCGCCGCCAUCGCCACCGUCACCGCCACCGCCGCCGGUGCAAAGUUUUCCCUGGCUGGCGGCGGCGGCGCGGCGCCGGGCUCGCCCCUCCUGGGCAGCAGCACCAGCACCGUCGCUGACGCCUCUGACGCCGGCGUGCCUGUGGGAGCGCUGCUCUCGCCAUGCUCCGCCGGAGACAGCAGCAGCAGCCGCAGCAGCAGUAGCAGCAUCAGCAGCGGCAGCCACAGCCGCGGCUGCAGCUCUGCGGACACGGCUGCUGCUACAGCCGGCUGCGGGAAGGUGACCGCCGGUGCUACAGCCGCUGCUGCCACUGUUGAGGCGGUCCUGGUCGCCAAGUGGUGCCCCCCGGUGUCCGUCCACCCCUCAGCCAUUGUCACCGCUGCCGCCGCAGCCGCUGCCGCUGCCACUACCGCUGCAUCCAGCGACGCCAACACCACCACAACAACCACAACCACAAGCACUAUGGCCCGGCCGGUCGUGACGGCGGUAGUUGCAACCGGCUGGUCCUCCUCCUACCCCUCCUCCGCCUCCUCCGCCUCCGCCUCCUCCGCCCCCGCCUCCUCUGCCCCCGCCUCCUCCGCCUCUGCACCCGCCUCCGCCGUUCCCUCUCCCCCAUCCUCCACAUUGGGCCGCCACGGUGACCACGGAGAGGGAGCCGUGGGCGGCGAUGCCGGCGAGAAGGCCGCUUGCGGCGCUGCCGCCACCUCCGCCACCACUUGCCCCGCCGCCUACACGCCGCCACGCCAGCAGCCGCCGCUCCAGCACCCACGCCAGCCACCUCCUCCAACGCCAUCCCAGCAGCCCCAACACCAGCCCCCGCCCCCGCCCCAAGCGCAGCUGCCGCCGCCACCGCCGCCGCCGCCGCUGCUGCUGCCGCCGCACCGGCAGCGCCUGACCCACCUGGACCUGGGUCCGGGCCGCCGCUUCGUCAAGACGCACCUGGGCGCGGUGCCGCACCCGCUGGCCAUGUACACACGCGGCUUCGGGCCGCUGGCGCAGGCGCUGUCGGUGGAGCUGCUGCGGCGCUACUGGGACCCCCGAGCCUACGUCAAUGACCCCUAGGCCCGCCACGUCAUGGGCGUCUGCAGUAGUGGGCCCUAGCUAGCUGGCUGUCUGGCUCGCUGGUUGGCUGCCGGUCUGGCUGGCUGAAUGCCACGUGGGGCGCGUGGCUUGGAGCGUGGCAGCUCCGGGCAGAGGAGGAGCCGCACUAGGGGAACCGAGUCAGCGAGGGGCUGUCUUGGGGGAAAGCCUGUCAGGCUGUCAGCCGCUGAACCAGGGGCACUUCUGUGUUGCUCUGCGUUGCACUAUACCCCUGCACUUUGAUUUGAGCAGCCCGUGCGGAGGAGGCGAUUAAGGAGAAGCGAGAAGGGAUAUUCCGAUAUCGGUAUAGCGUGUCAGGGAGUUAGAGCGUGGCCAAGGGAAGGGGAUCGCACCGUCCCCUAUUUUGCUACUUUGCUGUCGGCCUCUCACCGGUACGGCAGUGAAGAGAGGCCAUGCGAAGCCCGACCGUACAGUAGAGCUAAAUGCAUGUCUAUGUCCUGGUCUGAGGGUUCUCUGGGGCGCUUGAGUAUGCCUGCACGUGUGUAUGUAUGUAUUACGAGGUGUAUGUGUCGCAUGAAACACGGGCAGCUGACAGGAAAGCUGCCUUGAAGGCACGAUAUGGGUGCGCAUUAUUGGUGCGGUGUGCGUGUUACGUCAUAUGUGCAGCCGGUACCUUGAUGCAGGGUUGGGAAAGGGGGGGUUAGUUUAUUCCGAUCCCAAAGAAACCAAGACUCAGAACCGGGGGGGGGGGCGGUCCGGCGUGAGAAGCUGUGCAAAUGAUGGAAGGUUGCUGUGUGGCGUGGCGCUGCAGCCCCCAAGCUGCUUGCUGCCUUGCGAACGUGGUGUUGACAUGAAAUCAUCCCGUGGGAGGUAGCUAGCCGGGAGAGAUAGCGGCCUUCAGCGCACUCUUGAAGUCUGCAAGGGCAUAAGGCUUGCGUUUGAUGCGCUGGGUUACAGAUAUUCGGCAUUUGUGUAGGGCCGUGGGGGUGUCAGUGCCCCGGUUAACCAGGGGCGGUGCGUGACGGGGCAGGACGAAUGUGCCAAAUGUAGCAACACGUCGCGAAGCUAGGUGGCAUGAAGCUACGAGGCCCAUGAGGACCGUGGACCUGGGGCCCGAGGGAAGCCUGGAAGAAGUAAGGAGGAGUAGGGAGGCCGAGGAAAGUGUAUGGACGGAGUCUGGGGGGGCUGGUAUGCAUGCGACAUACGGUAUAAGCAGGGACAGUUAUGGGGGGCUCGUCUGCAAGCAAUUUGGACCACAGGCGUCGGGCCAGGUAGUGUAGAGGCGCAAGCAGGGCCGGAGAGGAGGAGGCGUCGAGGCAGGGCACCAGUACAAAAACUGAGGAGGGGCAGAAAACGCUCCACCCAACCCUUCACCAGGCUGCGGAAGGCGGUUGUCAGGGCACCCCCGUGGGCAACCCUGGCGGUUGUCGACUGGGCAUCAGCUGCGGCAUGUGCGGCUAUGCGGCGCGGGGCAGCGGCUAAGGGGGGCACGCAGCCGCUCGUCAAUAGUGUCAUGGUGUGGUGCCGCCCGGCGCUCAGGGAGUACGGUAAUGCAGCCUAGCAGGCGCAGGCCAUGGGGGCUGGCUGGGCUGAGGCUGCGAAGGCAGGAGGCAUAUCAAGACCCGU